AUGAUGUGCCAGCUUAAUUUUUCUGACAUCAUGAAGGCGGUGUCGCCCGCGGGCUUGUGUGGCCCGGCGGAGUGCUCGCAGCCGUUUUUGAAUGCGGGGGGUGCGCUGCGUUCACACGAUGAGACAGCAGCUAAUGACCUACUGGAGAAGCUCCGCAGCGCCGCGGCCACCGGAGUCGGGGACUCCAAGGCCAAAGCGCACAUCUGUGCAGUAGAAAAGCGAACCACCAGGACACGUCUACCAACCUCGCUUGAGGAAGGAGAGGAAGUUUACAGUGUUCGGAGCUUCCCCGCCUCCCCGCGGCCGCCCGGCCGCAACCAAAGGGAGGUAGUGGGGGGACAGCGAGGCAAAGGGCCACUGCACACUUCCGCGGAUCGGGCUCCGAGCCGCCAAGCCUCGGGACGUGCAGUAAGAAGUGGCGGCCCCGUCUCUCCUCGCCGGGAGCGCGGGUUUAGAAGGACUUCUGGUGCCAGUCCCCGUUUCCCUCACUCCCCUAAGCCGGUUCCGCGGUGGUCUGCUCCGAUCUCCGGCUGCAGGUUUGGGUUCCGGAUGCCCAGCCGUGUGCUCUCUGCGGCUCGGCUGGUUGUGGUGGGGUCAGGCCGGGGCUGCAGCUGUGACAGCCGGAGCAGCCGGGGCGCUAUAGAGGGGCCCAGGGCAGCCCCCCAGCCGCGCUUAGGGCUGGUUCUGGAGAAGCUGCGCAUGGUUAUGGCAGUAAUGCCAGAAGAUAAGAGACUAGAUUCUAAUUUCUAUGGUUCUUCAUGGGAAUUGAUGGUGACAUGUGCAGCCAUUUUUCUCGCUGUUUUACUGUUUUUGAGGAGGAGUUUUCAGUUGGUUAGAAGCCGACUUUAUGUGGGGCGAGAGCAAAAUCUUGCUCUAAAGCUUUCUGCAUUAAUUGAUGAAAAAUGUAAACUGCUUGAAAAAUAUUGCCUUAUUCAAAAGGAGUGUGAAGGCUUAGCAUUGCCUGUGAAGGAUGUCAAAAAUGAGAUGGAGUCAGCAGAUACUCAAGGUUUGGAGGUAAUCUUUGAAGAUCUGAACCAAUAUAAAUCGAAAAUCGAGGAUGAAAUACUCUCUCUAGAAAAAGAGUUAAAAGAAGAAAAUUCUAAACAUGCUGAGCAAGAUGACUUGAUGUCUGAUCUUUUAGAAAAUAUACAGUCCCUGGAAGAGGAAUCAAAAUCUCUCAAAUCAAAAGUAGCUGAGGCCAAAAUGACCUUUAAAGUAUUUCAAAUGAAUGAAGAACGACUUAAGAUAUCAACGAAAGGUUUUCUAGAUGAAAAUUGUCAAAUUCAGGAAUGUCAGACGCAGCUUUUACAAGAAGCUGAUGCAUGGAAAGAAAAAUUGAAUGAACUUGAUAAGCAGAAAACAACAUUUGAAGAUACUGUAUUACACGCAGAACAGGUCCUAACUGAUAGAGAAAAUCAGAUUCAGUUCUUGACUGAUCGUCUGCUAAACAUGGAAGGUUGGGCCAAUGUGCUUACAGAAGAUGUAGUGGAUGAUGAUAACUUGCAAUUGGGCAUGAAGAGUGAAUCAGAAGAUGAUGCUCAUUUAGAUGAACAGAGAAGAAAAGCUUUGGAGAAACUUAUCCAGGCUGCUAAGUUAAAUGCUUCUUUAAAAACUAUGGAAGGUGAAAGAGACCAAAUUUAUACUGAUUUAUCUGAAAUUGAGAAAACAAAGGAUGAGCUUACAGAGCAUAUGAAAAACCUUGAGACUGAGCAGUCAUCUAUACAAUCAGAAAGUACAUUACUUGAAAAUGACAGACAAAGACUUCAAAAUAAACUUGAAGUCAUGACUGAACUGUAUCAAGAAAAUGAGAUGAAACUUCACAGGAAAUUAACUGUAGAAGAAAAUUGCCGGUUAGAAAAAGAGGAAAAACUUUGCAAAGCAGAUGAAAAGCUCAGUUUUGCUUCUGAAGAAUUGGAAAUCUAUAGAAAACGGGUCAAAGAUCUUGAAGAAGAAUUGGAGAGAACUGUCCUAUCUUACCAAGCACAGAUUACAUCUUAUGAAAAGAAAGCACAUGAUAAUUGGUUGAAAGCCCGGAAUGUCGAAAGAAACCUCAGUGAUUUAAAGAAAGAAAAUGCUUACAACAGACAAAAAUUAACUGAAACUGAGUUUAAAUGUGAACUUUUAGAGAAAGAUCCUUAUGCAGUUGAUGUUCCAAAUACAACAUUUGGCAGAGAACAUUCCCCAUAUGGUCCCUCACCAUUGGGCCGGCCUUCAUCUGAAACGAGAGCUUUUCUCUCUCCUCCAACAUUGUUGGAGGGUCCACUCAGACUUUCACCCUUGCUACCAGGGGGAGGAGGAAGAGGUUCAAGAGGACCAGGGAAUAUUGUGAACCAACAGGAUAAUACUGAAAAAGGAGAAUCACGCCAUGAUCCUCAUAGAGCACUUUCUGAUACUGGUUCUCUGUCACCUCCUUGGGAACCUGAUCGUAGGAGGAUGAUCCCUCUCUCAGGGCAACCAUAUCCUGAUCCAGCUGUUCCUGCUCAAAUGCAGGAUAGGUUUUAUUCUAAUUCUGGUAGACUUUCUGGACCAUCAGAGCUCAGAAGUUUUAACAGACCUACUUUUGAUAAAGCAGAUGGGGCAACAUCUUCAGAAAUGGAUUCUGGUAAAAAUGAUCCCAAAGAUGAUGUUAAUAAUUCAAAUGUGCCUGAGUCAUAUACUUUUACUGAAAGGGAAGCAACUGGACUAAGAUUUGUGCCACCACCUUUUCCUCCAGUCAGAAGCUCUUUGCUUCCAAUGGACCCAAGGGGACCUUUUAUAAGAAGGGGUCCUCCUUUUCCUCCACCACCUCCAGGAAACCUGAUGUAUGGACCACCUCGGGAUUAUUUUCCACCAAGGAAUAUUCCUGGCUCACCAUAUCCUGCAGUAGCAAUGAGAAAUGUUUGUCCACCAAGGGGUUUUCCUCAUUAUCUUCCUCCAAGACCUGGAUUUUACCCCACCAAUCCAGAUUCUGAGAAUAGAAGUGAAUUCCCUUCUGGGUCGAUUCCACCUUCAAAUGAACCAACUACUGAGCAUUCAGAACCACAGCAAGCAACUUGA